UGAUUUCUUUUGUAUUGUAGUAUGUCCCAGUGAAAGGAGACCAUGUGAUUGGCAUAGUGACGGCUAAAUCUGGAGAUAUAUUUAAAGUCGAUGUUGGAGGGAGCGAGCCAGCGUCUUUGUCUUACUUGGCAUUUGAAGGUGCAACUAAAAGAAACAGACCAAAUGUGCAGGCUGCUAGCUCCAGACUGUGAAAUCCUACAGGAAGUGGGAAAACUCUACCCACUGGAAAUAGUGUUUGGAAUGAAUGGAAGAAUAUGGGUGAAGGCAAAAACCAUUCAGCAGACCUUAAUUUUGGCAAACAUUUUAGAAGCUUGUGAACAUAUGACAGCAGACCAAAGAAAACAAAUCUUCUCCAGUAAAACAUGUUCAUCAAAGAAAAUGUAGAAUACAUAAAAAGUAUGAAGCAGCGAACAAAAAUCACUUGUAAUCCUAUUAUGUAGUGGUGAGUAUGUAACAGCUAACAAUUAUCAUAUAUUUACAAAUCAAGUAUUGUUCCAAGUGUUUUGUUUGGAUUGACUCAUUUAUUCUUAGUAACUGCAAAAGACAACUUCCUAGUGCAAGAAACUGAGGCUUAACUUGGCCAACAUUCUCAACCACUACAUGUGAAUAUAUGUUUUUCAAAAUGGAAUUAUAGAAUUAUAUUUUAUAUACUAGCCUGUAAUAUACUUUGUCCACUUCAUACAUUUAAAUAUAUUUCUUUCAUGAUAGCUAUUAAAAAUUCCAUAGUUGUAUAAUGCUU